CGCUGCUGAUAGGGAACCAAUAGCGUGGUUUCCAUUUCCCUGUUGGUGGGGGAAGGAUUUGGCGGAGGACGCACGUGUCUAUGAGAAGUACUCUGGCUCUGAAUGUCACUUUGGUUGGAGGAAGAUUGUUGUUGCUGAGAAGCGGGAUGAGCCUGAAUAUGGCAGGAAGAUGCGCUGUGCGUGCGGCUUGUGGCAGAUUUUACUCCACAGUUCCGGCUGCCAGACUCUCUACCGCCGAAAUCUCCAAGAUGCGCUCGGAGCUGUUUAACAAGGAGAAGGAGCGCCAGCUGUCUUUGAACCCACGCGUUGAGAAGAUAGAAGUGAAGCAUGUUGGGAAGCGGGAUCAUGGAGCUGUGGGCCUUAUGAACAAAGGGCAGUCAACGCCGUAUCAUUGUGCCAUGCAUCUGAGCGAGUGGUACUGUUCGAAAUCAGUCUUGGCUCUUGUCGAUGGAGAAGUCUGGGAUAUGUAUAAGCCUUUGAAUAAAUCCUGCAAUAUCCAGUUUCUUACUUUCAAAGACGAAGACCCAGAAGAAGUAAAUAAGGCAUACUGGCGUUCAUGUGCCAUGAUACUUGGCUGUGUUUUGGAAAAUGCUUUCAAAGAGGAGUAUAUGGUGAAUCUGAUAAGAGCCCCGAAAAUACCAGUGAUCUCAGGAGCGUUCUGCUAUGAUGUAGUACUGGACAGUCAGCUGGAUGACUGGCGCCCAACAGAGGAGAAUCUACGAUCCCUAACUAAGGAAGCCCACAGCCUUAUUCACAAGGACCUGCCGUUUGAGUCGAUGGAAGUCGAAGAGAAAGUGGCCCGGGAAAUAUUUCAGCAUAAUGCUUACAAACUGAUCCUUGUUGAAGAAAAAGCAGCGCAGAGCCCCCAGGGACUAGUGACGGUGCACAGAUUUGGUGAUUUCGUGGACCUCACUGACGGACCUCACAUUCCAAGAACAAGUUUCUGUCAGCAGUACGAGGUGACAGCAGGUCAUUCCCUUCCAAAUAUUCCAUCAGAACAUGUGCGCAGAUUCCAAGGACUGUCUUUGCCAUGGCAUUUAAAGGCUCAUCACACUGUCUGGAACAGGUUGCGGAAAAGAUCACAGAAACUGGUCACGGAAGAACAACAUCAGGAGGCAGAACAACAACAACCAAGUCCUGCAUAAAUUCUCUUAUGUUUUUGUAUGAAUGUUAAUAAAACAAUUAAAUAUUG